UUGGGUUCUUAACUGGCUGAACCACAAUGGGAACUCCUGAGGAGCCCUUCUUGAUGCCAGCCUAGGUCAAGCUCCUGGAAGUGGCUCCCUGAGCCCCCGUCCCUCUUACCCCAUCACAGCUCCCAGCUUGGAAUUAUUCUGUAAUUGCUUGUGUCAUCCUAUGAUUCAAGUGUGUCACCCCAACUGCACCAUGAACUCAGGGAAGGCAGGGAUGGUGUCCACUUUGUCUCCCGUGCCUGGAACAUAUUAGGCGCUCAGUAAAUAUUUGCGGAAUGAUUAGUACCACCAGACGUGCUCAGCAUACCUCACCACACACAGAUGAGGCUGCCAGCUCCACAGAAGGGCCUGGAAGGGCUCUAGCCUCGGGGCAGACCCGGGUGGCCUGGGCUCAGAUGCCAGGCCUCAGGAAGAAGGGAGGAGCGGCUGUGGCCCCACAAUAACACGGCUGGGCCAGUCCUGGGGGGCAUAACUGAUCUGGGAGACAGACACGGGACCAGGAACAGUUGGGUCAGAAUCUGGUCACCCAAGAUUCCAGCCCUGCCUGGGGCAGCUCAAACCCCCCUCCACACACACACACACACACACCUCACACACAUAUUCACAACACACACAAACACACACCCCACACAUGCACCACAGCCUAGGGGUCUGGGAGGACUCAGGACUCUCUGAGUGCAGCCAGCCUAGCUGAGCCGGGAGGGCGGGGCCAGGGAAGGGGCGGGCAGGUAAGGUGCCCUUUCCCAGGGAGCUGCCACUCCGGAAGGAAGGUCGACUCCUUCCCUGGUGGUGCUGGAGACGAUCCACACUGCCAGCUGCUGGGAGCCCAGCGUUCCCCCUGCUGAGCCCGCUUCAGCCUCUGAAGCCAGGCUCGGACACCUGUUCCCCCUUCCCUCCAGUCCCAACAUUUGGAACCCAGCCCUAGGUCCCUUCCCUUAGGUGCCUGGUGUCUUCCCAGGGCCCCUGGUCCUGGGCCAUGGCCCAGAGGGAAGGCCUGGGGCCUCGGGGGCUGGCGGCUGUGGCCACUUUGAUUUCGCUUGGAUUGUUCCAGAAUGGGAUGGGAGCCAAAGGCGACGCAGUCUCCUGUGGCAUAGUCCCCCAAGCACAAGGACGGAUUACAGGCGGUAGCAAUUCAGACCCUGGCCAGUGGCCCUGGCAGGUCAGCAUCAACUACAAUGGCGACCACGUGUGUGGCGGCUCUCUCGUGUCUGACCAGUGGGUGUUGUCGGCUGCUCACUGCUUCCCAAGGGAUCACAGCACCAGCGGCUACGAGGUGAAGCUGGGGGCCCACCAGCUGGACAGUUACAGCUCCAGCAUGACAGUCCGAACCGUGGCGCAGGUCGUUUCCCACCCCAGCUACCUCCAGGAAGGCUCCCAGGGGGACAUCGCACUCCUCCAGCUCAACAGCCCUGUCACCUUCUCCCGCUACAUCUGGCCCAUCUGUCUCCCCGCGGCCAACGCCUCCUUUCCCAACGGCCUCCAGUGCUCCGUCACUGGAUGGGGCCACGUGGCCCCCUCAGUGAGCCUCCAGCGCCCCAGGACGCUGCAGCAACUUGAGGUGCCGCUGAUCAGUCGUGAGACCUGUAACUGCCUAUAUAAUAUCGACGCCAAGCCCGACGAGCCCCAUUUUAUCCAGCAGGACAUGCUGUGCGCCGGCUACGUGAAGGGGGGCAAGGACGCCUGCCAGGGUGACUCUGGGGGCCCCCUCUCCUGCCCAGCAGGGGGCCACUGGUACCUGGCAGGCAUCGUAAGCUGGGGUGAUGCCUGUGGGGCCCCCAACAGGCCCGGUGUGUACACUCUGACUUCCACCUACGCCUCCUGGAUUCAACACAAUGUGGCAGAGCUCCAGCCUCAAGUGGUACCCCACAUCGGGGAGUCGGAGCCUGACAGCGACCUCUGCAGCAACUAUGGCGCCCUCAAUGCUGCCCCAGCCUGGGGCUUGGUGAGGCCCAUCCUUCUGCUGCCACUAGGCCUGACCCUGGGCCUCCUCCGGCCACGGCUCGAGCACUGAGCUACUUACCUGGGAGCUGACCUGGUUCCAGGACCUCCACGUCACUCCUGGGGACAGACGCCUGUCCCAGGAUGCCAGGCCCCGCCCCCAACACUCUGGGCCUGGAGCCUGAUUGAGCCACUCCUUCCUCCCCUGACCCUGUGGGAGUUGAGGGCACCAUCCUGACCUUGGAGCCCACCCUCUGGGCUGUUCUUUGGGACUAUAACCUCCACCACAAGGUAGUUUACUACCUGUGGUGCUAGAGCCUCUGGCUGCCUCCAUCUGUCCACAAGCCUACAGGCUGGGCUCCCAUGGAGCUCCCAAGGGCCCUCAGCUAGGAAACAGGCCCUGGCUCCCCACCCUGUUUCUAGAAGAUUGCCCAGCUGAUCACUGCGGAUGGGCCUGCUCUGCUUGAUGAGCCCCCCAUGGCUUCGCCCCACUGCUGUGGUCUGUGCUGGGCUGCCUCCGAGCGGCACGUCUUCACGGACAGACAAGGCCCCAAUCUUGCCCCAACGGCUGCCAUGCCCGCCCCCCCCCCCCCCCAGCCCCUGACUCCUGGCCUCCGGAGGAAUGAGCCCCCACCGGAACUGGGCUCUCACUUACAGCUGGGGUGGGGGUGAGAUGCAGCCAGAAGGAAUAAAAUGUUCUGAGCAUA